ACUUUUGAGGGUUGUUCUCACCCCCAGCCAUCGCCUGCCAGCUUAUAAAGCCAUAUCAGCGGUGUCUCGUCCGUCGCUGGCUUACUCAUCCACAUUGGCAGCUCCUGGCAACAUCCCCCGACUGACCGGACGUCUCGUGAGGCGAGAGAGUGAGACAGCAGCAUACAGCCCGACUGAGAGAGAGUGAGACACAGAAAGCGUGAGAGCGAGCGCUCUUAUCAGCACCGAUGUAUUUCCGACAGCUUUUCCUUAUCAACGUCCUCCUAUUCACCAUCUUUCUUGUCAAUUCCAGUUGUCUGGCUAGACCCAACAGAGAGAAGCGCUACUCGGAUCAAAGACUAGCAGAGCUGGAGACGCUGUACAAGUUGCAGCAGCUGCGGGGAAAAUUCCAGCGAGGACCACUGGACUACUCCAAAAUCGACCCCAAUAUUCUUGGCAGAAGACGUCGCUCAUCUGAGGUGCUGCUCGACCAAUUGCGAGCCGAGCUUGAUGAGGACAGAGACAGGAAUAUAGCGCCACCGCUCGAUGAAGACUUCUGGAACUCGCUUCUGAUAUGAAGAAAAUCAGAAGUCUCAAUUCCCCCAACCCUUCUCACGUCAUAACUAUAAGUUUAUUCAUGGUAAGAAUUUUGAAUGGUACGAUAAUGAAGAAAAAGUAUUCGCAUAGCGUUAAUCUCGAUAAUUUCUAUUUCUAUUAUUGCUCAAAUACUAAAUUGUAAUCAGGAACUCAAUUUUUUCACAUAAUUGUAGAACUUGAGUUUCUUCAGAACGAUAGUUGCAGAAAUGUAACAGUCAUUCAUGUUUAAAAAAUCUAUGUUGCUGCUGUAUUUUAAGUUGAAAUCUUGUUAUCAUUCUAUUGUAUCUGUUGGUUCAAUUGACAUUUUCUAAUAUGAUUUUUUAUAGGUACGGUAUCACAUUUUAUUUUCCGAAAAAAAUAUAAAAGAAUAUUUCUAUGUUCCAUUGUUUGAUAUCACUUGAUGAUAUAAGUUGAUUGAUAUAUUUAUUCGAGUGAGUAUUUCAAUACCUUCUAAAAAUCAUUAAAAUCACUUGAAACUAUUAUAAUCAUAUGCUUGCUUUAUACUAAUAAAUAAUGAUUUACUCUACAAUAUUAUACUCUAACAAUAUUCUGACUUAUAUCUGAGAAUCUCGCCAUAUGAGUUCGAAAAACAUGCUGUGCUGAUUCCAAUUAACCGUAUUCAAUAUUUUUUAAGUUGAAGCCAAUAUUCUCCUUAUUUGAAGCUAAUAAAUAAUGGAGGCCGAUAUGAGCUUCUAUUUCCUCCAUUUUUACAUUCAAAUAUACUACUUACUAACUUUUCUUUUAUUGAAUAUCAAGGUUUCCUAUUCGCAUGUCUUCUUGCUCUGGUUAAUGUCUUGAAUGUGAUCGAUAUAAAUUAUGAUUGUAAAUAUAUUUAAUAGCUAUAUUUUUCAAUGUAACACAUUUCGUUUGUCAUUUUCGCAUAACUCAUAUAAGCCCAAGGGCGAUUAUGGUUAAGUUAUAAUGUAUCUAACUAUUAAAAAUAAACUAUAUAGAGUUUAUUGUCUUGAACAGCUCCAGGCUUCACUCAUGUAUGAAGUGUUUAGCUUACUAUUAUUUUCGUAUUGUUGUAGAAAAUAAAGUUUUAUUAAUUAAUGUUGAAUGUGA